UUUGCGUGUGGAUCAGCGUCGACUUCUCCACGCGGGGAACACGGGGAAAGGGUGGGUACGGACUCCCUAGCCCCCUCAAUAUUGAACAUUCUGGGGAAGGUCGGGGUAGCUUCGUCUCUAGCGAGAUCCUAAGCGUCUGACAGGGGGACGGAAUCACUUCUCCUCGAACCGUGCGCGCCGUGCGCCCGAGAAAGCGUCUGGGCGAAUCCGGUUUGUGGGGAAAUAAGCGCGGGACUGCAACCUCAGAACCGGGCCUAUUGCUGCCAUGCAGACGAGAUACCACAUGGGGUAGCAGUUCGUGUUGUCGACUCCUAGAUUGCGUGUAAAUAAAGAAAGCCGUUCGCACCUCCGAGCAUCUUCGGUCUUCGGGCUCUUCAUCGACCUCAGCCGUGUCCGUGUCCGCUUCCACCAUCCACCGCCUGGUCAGUAGCUGUACUUGGUUCACGGCGAGCCAUCAUGUCUAUCGCCAAGGACAAUGGCGCCGAUAUCGAGCGCCACGAGCGCCCUCCCUCUCCCAGGGACCUGCCAGAGAAGGAUCGGCAGGUCUAUGAGAGAGUGGACUCAGAGGUUGCCAAAUAUGCGUCCGACACGGCGGUCUACGUCUCCCCCGAAAAGAGCGACCAGCUCCGCCGCAUGAUCGACCGCCGCGUGCUGGUCAUCAUGAUCUCUACCUACUUCCUGCAGGCCAUUGACAAGGGGACCAUGUCAUUUGCCUCCAUCAUGGGCAUCAUCACCGACACGGGCCUAAAGGGGCAAGAUUACUCCUGGUUGACCACCUGCAUCUAUAUCACCAUACUCAUCGUCGAGUACCCACAAAACUGGAUCAUCACCCGCGUGCCGAUCGCCAAGUACCUGAGCUUCUGCAUCGUGGCCUGGGGGACCGUGCUGGCCACGACGGCCGCCUGCAACAACUUCGCCUCGCUCGUCACGGUGCGCGUCCUGCUGGGCCUCUUCGAGUCGGCGUGCCAGCCCGCCUUCAUUGUGCUCUCGGCCAUGUGGUAUCGGCGUGAGGAGCAGACGGCCCGCGUGACGUACUGGUACAUGAUGAACGGUGCUCAACAGGUCGUCGGCGGUCUUCUAGCCUACUGCUUCAGCCUCAUCACGACGGGCCCGUUGAAGUCGUGGCAGUGGCUGUUCCUGGGCUACGGCGUCGUGUCCGUCAUCUACGGGCUCUUCGUGGGCUGGUACAUGCCCGACUCGCCCAUGCGGGCCAAGUGCUUCAGCGAGGAGGACAAGCGGCUGAUGAUCGAGCGGGUGCGCGACAACCAGACGGGCCUCCAGAGCCGCAAGUUCCGCCUGGACCACGUCUACGAGGCGCUGCGCGACCCCCAGGUCUGGGGCUACGCCCUCAUUGCCCUCACCACGACGCUGCCGACCUCGGGCCUCGGCGCGUUCCAGGGCCUCAUCAUCAAGAGCUUUGGGUUUACCGUCCUGCAGACGCAGCUGCUCGCCAUGGUGCUCGGGUUCUACAUCAUCAUUGUCCUCCUCGGGUCCAUCUGGAUCGUUAAGCGGACCAACCAGAAUCUCUUGGUCAUGCUCGGCUUUGUCAUCCCAUCCUUCAUCGGCACCAUCCUCCUGAUGACGGUCACCCCCGACACCCUGGCCCGCAAGGUUGGCCUCUUGAUCUGCUACUACAUCACCCUCUCCUUCUGGUCCGCACAGACGCUGGCACUGUCCAUGAUCAGCAGGAAUGUGGCCGGCACGACCAAGAAGAGCGUCGCCGUCACCAUCAACUUUAUAUUUUGGGCCACGGGGAACAGCAUCGGCCCGCAAGUGUUCCUCGCCUGGGACGCCCCCCGGUACUUUAUCGCCUUCGCCACCCACCUCGGCUGCUACGCGCUGCUGGUUCUCGUCAUCGUCGCGCUGCGCUUCUACCUCGUGCGCCAGAACACCAAGCGCGACCGCCUCGCCGCCGAGGGCCACGUCCAGGCCGACGCCGGCAACGUCGUGCACGGCUUCGAGGAUCUCACGGACCUGCAGAAUCUGUCUUUCCGCUACGUGUAUUGAUCUGCGAGGCCGGGCUUGGUUUGGGGGAGGUUGUAAGUGGGUGAGGGACGUGUUUUAUUUGCGUUGCGAGUUUUUUUUUUUGCUUUAAUGAAAUUGAGAUUGUUAUGAGCGUUGCUGCGACGUUUCCAGUUGAGUGACGAUGUGUCUGCAUCCUGGAC